GUUUCCGCUUCCGGCAGCGGCGGCUGCAGCCUCGCUCUGGACCCUGCGGCUGGCGGCCGAGCCGUGUGUCUCCUCCUCCGCCGCCGCCAUAUUGUCUGUGUGAGGAGAGGGGAGAGCGGCCGCCGCCGCCGCCACUUCCACCGCAGUUUGAAGAAAGCAGGUCUGAAACAAGGUUUUACCCCAGCUGCCUGUGAACACGGUGACUGCCAGAUCUCCAAACAUCCAGUCCAGCUUUGUCCGCCAACCUGUCUGACAUGUCGGGACCCGUGCCAAGCAGGGCCAGAGUUUACACAGAUGUUAAUACGCACAGACCCCGAGAGUACUGGGAUUACGAGUCACAUGUGGUGGAAUGGGGAAAUCAAGAUGACUACCAGCUGGUUCGAAAAUUAGGCCGGGGUAAAUACAGUGAAGUAUUUGAAGCCAUCAACAUCACAAAUAAUGAAAAAGUUGUUGUUAAAAUUCUCAAGCCAGUAAAGAAGAAGAAAAUCAAGCGUGAAAUAAAGAUUUUGGAGAAUUUGCGAGGCGGUCCCAACAUCAUCACACUGGCAGACAUUGUAAAAGAUCCUGUGUCACGAACCCCCGCCUUGGUUUUUGAACACGUAAACAACACAGACUUCAAGCAAUUGUACCAGACGUUAACAGACUAUGAUAUUCGAUUUUACAUGUAUGAGAUUCUAAAGGCCCUGGAUUAUUGUCACAGCAUGGGAAUUAUGCACAGAGAUGUGAAGCCCCAUAAUGUCAUGAUUGAUCAUGAGCACAGAAAGCUACGGCUAAUAGACUGGGGUUUGGCUGAGUUUUAUCAUCCUGGCCAAGAAUAUAAUGUUCGAGUUGCUUCCCGAUACUUCAAAGGUCCUGAGCUACUUGUAGACUAUCAGAUGUACGAUUAUAGUUUGGAUAUGUGGAGCUUGGGAUGUAUGCUGGCAAGUAUGAUCUUCCGGAAGGAGCCAUUUUUCCACGGACAUGACAAUUACGAUCAGUUGGUGAGGAUAGCCAAGGUUCUGGGGACAGAAGAUUUAUAUGACUAUAUUGACAAAUACAACAUUGAAUUAGAUCCUCGUUUCAAUGAUAUCUUGGGCAGGCACUCCCGUAAGCGAUGGGAACGCUUUGUCCACAGUGAAAACCAGCACCUUGUCAGCCCUGAGGCCUUGGAUUUCCUUGACAAGCUGCUGCGAUAUGACCAUCAGUCACGGCUCACCGCAAGAGAGGCCAUGGAGCACCCCUAUUUCUACUCUGUUGUGAAGGACCAGGCUCGAAUGGGCUCCUCUAGCAUGCCAGGGGGCAGUACGCCUGUCAGCAGCGCCAAUAUGAUGUCAGGGAUUUCUUCAGUGCCAACCCCUUCACCCCUCGGACCUCUGGCAGGCUCACCAGUGAUUGCUGCUGCCAAUCCCCUUGGGAUGCCUGUUCCAGCUGCCGCUGGCGCUCAGCAGUAAUGGCCCCUUCUGUCUCCUGAUGCCUGAGCAGAGGUGGGGGAGUCCACUCUCUCCUUGAUGCAGCUUGCGCCUGGCGGGGAGGGGUGAAAUACUUCAGAAGCACCGUGUCUGAACCGUUGCUUGUGGAUUUAUAGUAGUUCAGUCAUAAAAAAAAAAAAUUAUAAUAGGCUGAUUUUCUUUUUUUCUUUUUUUUCUUUCUUUUUUUUUAACUCGAACUUUUCAUAACUCAGGGGACUCCCUGAAGAAUUACCUGCAGGUGGAAUAUUUCAUGGACAAAUUUUUUUCUCCCCUUCCAAAUUCAGUUCCUCAUCACUAAAGAACAAAGAAACCAGCCUCAAUCCCGGCUGCUGCAUUCGGGUGGAGAUUUAUUCCCAUGCCCACCGUUUCUCCCCCACCAUCCCACACUUUGGGGGGUUUGUAUCUCAUGCUCUUCUCCAGAGAUUACAAAAAUAUAGCUUCUUCAAGGGAGGAGGGAAGGAAGGAGGAAGGGGGUACCCAACCUCUAAGAGGAGCAUACUGCUGGUCACUGAUACCACUUUACUCCCAAAGUGCUUCAGUGGGCUUAUCCUGGUAAAUCUAGUGGAAACAUGUCCUAGUUACAUUGAGAUGCUAAAAAAUCUACCCAAAGUGCAGACAGGUCCUGAAAACUCAUGUUCAGUAUGAAUCAUGUCUUGUUGACCUAACCCUAAAUCCAGCUCACUUAGAAUUUUAGUUUCAGUUUAGUUUACAAUGUUAAUUCCUUCCCUCCCGAGCUCUUCUCCUUGAUUCUCUCCCUUUUCGUUUCCUGACACGUUCUAUAGCUGGUAGGAGAGGGAAGGCAAAGUCUUUUUCAGUUUUCUUUGACUUGGCCAUUUUGAAUUCAGUUAGUUACUGGGCAUAACUUAUUGCUUUUCACAAAAGAAAAUACUGUCUAUAUAUAGGUUUCAUGUUAGCAAGUCUUUAAGAGCUAAUGGGAGAUGUGGCCACACUGAGUUUCAUUUUAAGCUUUCUACCUUCUUUUCCUCCUGCCUUCCCCUUCCCUCUCAUGCCAUCCAGUGAGAAGACCUGCCCUUCAGUCUUGUAAAUGUAUCUGAGAGGUAGGAGCAGAGCCACUAUCUCCAGUGAAACUGAAAUGGUAGACCUGUAAUUGUGGGAAAACUAAACUCUCUUGUUACAGCCCUGCCACCCCUUGCUGUGUGUAUAUAUAUAAUACUUUGUUCUUCAUAUGUGAAAGAUCCAGUGUUGGAAUUCUUUGGUGUAAAUAAACGUUUGGUUUUAUUUAUCAAGGUUAGAUUUAAGUUCCCUGUGUAAAGGUCUCGCUGGGUGGGUGUCUCACGUUCACAUCCGAGGGGCCUGCAGCCCUGUACCGUGGAGGCUUCCCAAGGCCGCCAUUUUUGUACACCCCUUGUUUGACCCAUGGUACUGGGCAGGGCAGAGAGGCCUUAAAAAAGCACCACAAGCCAAAGCAUCUCUGGGGAUUAAGGAUCCUUUGCCAUAAAACUCAUUUUGUGUCUCAGCAGUGCAGGGAUUGGGGAUGGAAAAAGUCGCCAGUUUUUGUGUGUUUGUGUGUGUGUAAAGUGGAUUUUCCACUGUAAUCCAACCACCUAAGUUUAUCAGGUGCUUCACUGAGGAAGCCUAGUUUUUUAAGCACAAUAGCAAAACCAUCAGCUCUGUAUUUUUUCCUGUUAUUCAUUACAGUAGCUGCUUGUGGGGACUAGGAGAAAUUCUUCCAACAUAUUUUAAGGCCUAAAGUCUUAGUUCCCCAUUCUCCUACCUUUAUAGAUUCACAGGCCUUUCUCACCUGGGCGUCAUAGAUAAACAUAAUUGUUUGAGGAGUUGAAUUUAAUGAACUUACCUAACUUUGUAACCCAUCUUGGCUUUAGUAACUUUAUCAAGGUGGCGGCUUUAGUGAAUAUAAUGGUAAACUCCAGAGGAAGCUAAAGCCUCCUUUUAUAAUGCUUCUCAACAGUAGGGAAAACAUUCUGACUGUGUGGCAGGGUGAUUUUCUUCCUUGUGGCCACUUACAGUGGAUAUUUAUUGUUCUUGACCCUUUUAUGCCCUAGAAUGCUGUGAGGGUUACCAUGUUGAAUUUGUGCAGAAGCUAAAAGCACCGGAUGUGCCAGAGAUGCAAUUUGUGAUUACGUUUGCACUGGAUUGUGAUUGACCAGGACACUUAUGACUAAUGAAUUCUUUCCUUUGAGGUGGGGAGGAGGGUUGUAAAUCAGGACUUCGCAUCCCACCCUUGUAGCUCAGAGAAUCUAGGUGUAGCUGAGGCUGAUGUUGGGGGCUGCACACAGCUGGACCUCCUCAUACGCAUCAGACCUUGCUAGAAACCGAAGGUGAAUGCAGAGGACUCUGAAAUGCCACCCAAGAGCCUUUUAAAAUAAACAGAAGUUUUUAAAAUGCUACUUAAGGAGUCACUGCAGAAGCAUGGGAAAAAAAAAAAAAAGACCCAGUUGGGUGGGUGGGGGGCAGGGUUUACAGAGUAACAACUUCUGCGUUGUUGUAAAUUACCUCAUCUGUACACCUUGUAUUGGGACACUUUCUCAGCACUACCUGUAUCUGCAUUGAUUAGAUGGCCGGAAAUGGAAUGCCAGUAUAAGACAGUGUGUUGGCAAUUACUUUGAAAGGUUUUUUAAGUAUUUUUUUAACUUUGUUUGAAGUGGCCCUCCUUUUUUUAAGUUUGAAGUCAGAAGUGCCCCUCCCCCCGCCCCGAUUUAUUGGUUGUAAUUGUAUUGUAAUUGGUAUAACUAAAACAUAACUGUGCUGGGAAGAAGUUGUGCCAUGAAGGUCUUUAAUUUUUUUUUAAAUAAAAACAUUUAAACAAAUGAAA